CCCCAAAAAUAAACACAUCUCUCCACUUUCUCUCUCUACCCUCAUCUCUAUUUCCAGAUCGAACUCGCCUCUCCCCCACAAAUGCCUUUGUCACGUUCCCUCCUUUCGCGGAGGUUCUCGAUUUCCUUCAGAGACCAAGGAGGGAAGACGGCCCCCGAAGCCGAUUCUCACCAACCACCGCCACCGACGACGAAGAUGAUGCUUCCUCCGCCGGCCGCGGGGUCGUCGUGGUCGGCGAUGCUCCCUGAGCUGCUGGGGGAAAUCAUACGCCGCGUGGAGGGCAGCGAGGACCAAUGGCCCCAUCGCCGCGACGUGGUGAGUUGCGCCUGCGUGUCGAAGAAGUGGAGGGAGAUCGCGCAGGAGAUGGUUAGAUCUCCGGUUAACUCCGGCAAAAUCACUUUCCCUUCUUGCCUCAAAUUGCCAGGUCCAAGAGAGUUUUCAAAUCAGUGCCUGAUAAAGAGGAACAAGAAGACAUCAACCUUUUACUUGUACCUCGCCCUCACACCAUCAUUCACUGAUAAGGGCAAGUUUCUUCUGGCGGCACGAAGGUUCAGGACCGGAGCUUACACUGAGUACAUUAUAUCACUCGACGCUGAUGACUUCUCACAAGGAAGUAAUGCCUACGUUGGUAAACUAAGAUCGGAUUUUCUUGGGACCAACUUUACUGUAUACGAUAGCCAACCACCACACAACGGAGCAAAGCCUUCAAACGGCAAAGCCAGCCGCAGAUUCGCAUCAAAGCAGAUAAGCCCACAAGUUCCAGCAGGCAACUUUGAAGUGGGCCACGUCUCAUAUAAAUUCAACCUAUUGAAAUCAAGAGGUCCAAGAAGAAUGAUAAGCACACUCCGUUGCCCAUCCUCAUCACCACCACCACCAUCCGCUGACCAAAACCCAUGUGGUGUUGUCACCAAGAUGAUGAAGAAACCCAACAAAGACGGUUCAGGGUUGACGAUACUAAAGAACAAAGCCCCGAGAUGGCACGAGCACUUACAAUGCUGGUGUCUGAACUUCCAUGGGAGAGUGACCGUUGCUUCGGUUAAGAACUUCCAGCUGGCUGCGACCGUCGACCAGAGUCAACCGGGCGGUAAAGGGGAUGAAGAGACGGUGCUGCUUCAGUUUGGUAAAGUUGGAGAUGACACGUUCACCAUGGAUUAUAGACAGCCUCUGUCUGCUUUUCAGGCGUUUGCUAUCUGUCUCACAAGUUUCGGCACUAAACUUGCCUGCGAGUGAAAGAAAAGUGUAAUGUUUUGAUGUAAAAUCAUGUGUUAAAAAGGUUUGUGGAAGGAGAAGCACAUAAUAAUAUCUAAGUAUGAAAACAAAAUUGUAAUUUUAAUGACCCAAAGUCAAUAUGUAUUUGUGUGUAUUUUCUUAAAUU